CGCCCAAGUCAGUGGCUCUCGUCCUCCUUUCUCCUACGCGGCCGGAGAGGAGGGGAAGGAUCUCGCUGUGGCCAUAGCCUCGCCUCGGAUCCAGAAGGGAAUUCGUGCAGAUCGAUCGGCGGAAGGAAGGGGAGGUGGGCGCGAGUGAGGGAGGGAGAGGGAGAGAGGAGGGCAGCAGCGAUGGGGAAGGCCGCGGCGGUGGGGACGGCGGUGGUAGUGGCCGCGGCGGUCGGGGUGGCGGUGGUGCUGGCGCGGCAGCGCCGGCGGAGGGAGCUGGAGCUGGUGGAGGGCGCCGCGGCGGAGCGGAAGAGGAAGGUGGCGGCGGUGAUCGAGGACGUGGAGCACGCGCUGUCGACCCCGACGGCGCUGCUGCGGGGCAUCUCGGACGCCAUGGUCUCCGAGAUGGAGCGCGGCCUGCGCGGGGACAUCCACGCCAUGCUCAAGAUGCUCAUCACCUACGUCGACAACCUCCCCACAGGAAACGAAGAGGGGCUGUUUUAUGCGUUGGAUCUUGGAGGAACCAACUUCCGUGUCCUGCGAGUCCAGCUCGGAGGAAGGGAGAGACGUGUCGUCCGGCAACAGUACGAUGAAGUCUCCAUUCCACCACAUCUGAUGGUCGGAACUUCCAUGGAAUUAUUUGAUUUUAUUGCUGCUGCAUUGUCAAAAUUUGUGGAUACUGAAGAUAAUGGUCUCCACCUCCCAGAAGGGAGGCAGAGAGAGCUGGGUUUCACCUUUUCCUUCCCUGUGAACCAAACAUCAAUAUCAUCAGGAACACUCAUCAAGUGGACAAAGGGCUUCUCCAUCAAUGAUGCAGUUGGCCAAGACAUUGUGUCUGAGUUGAGCAAGGCCAUGGAGAGGCAGGGAUUAGAUAUGAAAGUUACAGCAUUGGUUAAUGACACUGUUGGCACAUUGGCUGGUGGGAGAUAUGCGGAUAAUGAUGUUGUUGCUGCCAUAAUAUUGGGCACUGGUACAAAUGCAGCAUACGUUGAGCAUGCUAAUGCAAUUCCUAAAUGGACCGGUUUACUCCCUAGGUCUGGAAAUAUGGUAAUCAACACAGAAUGGGGGAGCUUUAAGUCAGACAAGCUUCCUCUGUCAGAAUACGAUAAAGCCAUGGAUUUUGAAAGUUUGAAUCCUGGAGAACAGAUAUAUGAAAAGAUGAUUUCUGGCAUGUAUCUUGGAGAGAUAGUGCGAAGAAUCUUGCUGAAGCUUGCUCAUGAUGCUGCAUUGUUUGGAGAUGUUGUUCCACCAAAGCUGGAGCAACCAUUUGUACUAAGGACGCCAGAUAUGUCAGCCAUGCAUCAUGACUCGUCACAUGAUCUUAAAACAGUUGGAGCUAAGCUAAAGGAUAUAGUGGGGGUAGCAGAUACUUCCCUCGAAGUAAGAUACAUUACCAGUCACAUUUGUGACAUUGUUGCAGAGCGUGGUGCACGCUUGGCUGCUGCUGGUAUAUAUGGGAUCCUGAAGAAACUAGGUCGGGACAAGCUGCCAGGUGACGGCAGUAAGAUGCCGAGGACUGUCAUUGCCUUGGAUGGUGGGCUCUAUGAACACUACAAGAAGUUCAGCAGUUGCUUAGAAUCAACUCUAACAGACCUGCUUGGGGAUGCUGUCGCCUCUUCGGUGGUUACCAAGCUGGCCAACGAUGGUUCUGGCAUUGGAGCUGCUCUCCUUGCAGCCUCGCACUCCCAGUAUGCUGAGAUCGACUAGCUUUGAGGAUGAACUUGACGAAAGAUGAAACAAAUUCCGCUUGUAGCUUCUCGUUCCCCCCUUCAAAUCCACCAUAAUACUCCUUGUUCCCCACUUGAAAUCUUACCAUCUUUUUUUGGCUAUUCUGCGGACACACUUAAGUAAGUGCAUCUGCAGCGGGAUAUAGCUAGUAUAGCGCCAAUGAGUUUGGAGGUUUUCUAAUGGCAUAAUGGAUGGCAGUAGCAGACUAGCAGGGAAAUGGAGGCACGGGCAGUUCCACUUCCAUUCCUGUUCUGUCAGAUUCUUUUCCCCUUGAUUGAUGUUGAAAACCAAGAUUUUAAGAUUUUUUUUCCCUCUGUAUUUUCUCUUCGUAAUAAAGAAGGGGGCAUAAUCGAAUUUAGCUAUCUGUGCUCUUGUUUGAUCCCAUAAA